AAUGGCGACGGACGUAGGAAGGUAGAACGCGGAUUUUGGCAGUUUUUGCCCGGAAAAGACGCAUUUCGUCUUCGACUGAGGUGUAAAACGAUGGCAGAACGAAGAAGGAUUAUACCGUCGUCGGUAGGACCACUUUUUCCUCUGAAGAAAGAGAAGGAAACGGCGCCGUCUUUGCGGUUCGAUUUGACCCUCAAAGAGCCUAGCGAUAAAACCUGCUCCGUGUUUUCGUAUAGCCAGCUCGUUAAAAAUGCCGUGCAGGGAAACAAUGGAAAUGGCGUUCAGAAGUCAUUCAAUGAACUGGAUGAGGAGGACAUGGAUGGCCUGGAGUCUAUUGCUAAGAAAUUGGAGGAGAAAUAUGCUCCAAAGAAAGGGAGGAAGAAGAGAAAUGCAUGUAUUGAUGACCUGAUAGACGUGGGUAUGGGAUAUGACGAGACUGACCCAUUUGUGGACAACUCAGAAUGUUAUGACGAACUGGUCCCAGAUGUCUUGACAACCCAGUUUGGAGGGUUCUACAUCAACCAGGGACAGUUACAAUUCAGAGAGAGAUCUGACUCCGAAAAUAGCAAUGACUUCCAAGAUAUGACACGCAGGAGGAAAACACCAAAGAAGAAACUUCGCAAAACAUCAGAUGGAGAAAGAAAGGAAGGCAAGCGGAAAAGGAAUUUAUCCUCCUCGUCUGACAAAGCUGCGAAGAAGAUGCGGAAACAGCUGGAAAGACAAUUUGGGAAACAUGGCAGAAAGAAGAAAGGUUUAUCCAGCCGCAUUCCAACUGUUGCGGAGCUGCUGAAACAACGGGAGGAGGCCAAACAGCAAGAAAUUAUCUCAGGACCAUCCCUCAGUAAACCCAAUGCAGUGGGUGCCACCAGCAAUGCAACCCCUCGCCUUCUGGCACCCAAUGCCCCGGCACCAAAACCCAAUGGCCUACCGGCCACCGUGGAGGUGACAGACCUCAAUGCCUCCCUCAAAGACAUUGACCCCUCCCUGGACCUAGGGCUGAUCAUGUCAGACUUAAAGAUGGACAGUGACAUGGCGGCAGCUAUGGAGGAGGCACUGAAGGGACCCAUGGGUGGGACUGACCUACCCCAGGCCCCAACUGGAGAGAACAAGGGCACCGUGUCGCUAGGACCUCAUGGUGAUGACGGAGUAGACACGGAGGAAGAAGUUCCUAUGCCCAGUGGAUUACCAGCGACACUUGUGUACAAUGUGGAAAAGAUUAAAGAGGCUGCUCGGAAAUCUGUGGAAGGCAAAUGCAAGUUCUUCACAGCAUCUGUAAAUAAUUUACUUUUGAAAAUAGAGCACCAAUCCAGGGAAUUGUCGUGUGGAAAUCGUUCCCUCCUCUACAGCCAUCUUGCCUCCAAUUUGCCAUGCACCAAGGAGACGCUCUUGAAGAGAGCCAAGAAGCUCCGCCUGAAUGCUCACGACAGCAACCUAAAGGAACCACUGCAGAAACUCAAAGAAGCAAUUGCCUUGGCAAUGCCGGCCCAGUUAGAGCGAUACCAGCAAGAAUGUCAGGCUGCUGCGCAGGACAAAUACAAUGCAAUGAUGAACAAAAGUCAAACUGUGGAGGAUGAAGCAAAGUCCAAGAGCACAAGAGGGCUUGUUCCAUCCAAGAAGUUUCAAUGGAGUGAGGGUAUGAGGGAACUACUUUGUGCUAUUGUAAGUGUCAAACUUCAGACAUACAAGCUGUCCAAGAUUCGUACCCAAUCAGCCGAAGACUACCUCAAAGCUUACCUGGAGGAUGAAAUCAAACCGCUCUGGCCAUCUGGUUGGAUGCAGACAAGAUCACUCUUUAAAGAGUCACGAUCAGUCCAUGGGUCCAUUACCUCACUGGCACCCAAGCAGAGAAGAAUGCUGCCUGCUGCCAAGAAGCCCUCGUCAGCUAAGCCUUCUCCUGAGGAAGCCUCAAAUGCUACUCAGGCUGAUCAGACAAACCUAGGCCAGAAACAAGAUAAGCCUGACAUACCCAGCAUCACCACAGAAAGCAGCCAGGACUCCCAUGUCCGCACUAUACUGGACUUUGCGAGUGACAGCUCCAGACCGGACUCUGACAUCACUGGAACUGACCCUCAGCAGGUGCCAGCAAAGGACCAGGCCGAGAUCAAGUCUGUAGGUCGGUCCAAAACUGCUAGCACCUCUGAGACUGUGCCCCAGCGAGUGAGAGACCCCAGGGAUUUUGUGGACUUGCUUAUUGCUGAGCAGCUGGCCAUGCACGAUAAGGCAGAAAAUAGCUCAGCGGUUAUUCCUAAGAAAGACUCCACAGAUCCCCGGGACAAACUAGAAGUUGCUGUUGUACCAAUUAAGAGAAACCCGCCACAGGAGGAACCUUCAGCCACGGCACUCCAACUUGAAAUCCUGCGACAGGCAGCAAUGAUGACCCAGUCACAAGGUGCUUGGAGAGCUGAAGGCAGUUCCACCAGGAAAGAGCAGCUGUCGCACAGGGAUGACGUUAAGAUAUCAACUCAAGCAACUACUGCUGCAGGUAGCAGCCACAACUCAGGCAGAACUACACAAGAACCAAUGCCACAAGCAAAACCUCCAAGUAAGCAAGCAAAAACAAGCUUCCAACUGGAAUUUGAGAAAAUGUACUCUGUUACUGAAAAGAGCAAUCCCACAUCAGUACCUGAGGUAAUUAAAGUAACACCCACUUCCAGCCACAAGUACAAGACUUCUGUGCCACAGCAGGUCAAUCUUUCUGCCAGCGCCAAAUUGGCUCAGCAGAAGUCUGCUUUUGAAAAGCUGAGACUAGCAGGACAGGUACCACCUGGUUUUGAUGCAUCAAUCCCAGCGUCACAGCCAGUUGUGAAACUUACACGCCACCCAAACCUCUCUGCAGCUGCUGGCCUCAAAUCAAACACUGAUUUGGUUGGACAAGCUCGUAAGUUGGUGUCACCUCCAAACACCCACUCAUCAAAGCGGGAACCCCUGGUAACAUCACAUCAUGUGGCACAGCAUGGGAACACACUAUUAGUGACUUCCACAUCACCACCCAUGCCUGCUAGGACACCAACAACCAGCUUGCCCAUAAGUAGUGCCAGCAGUUUAUACCAAGCAAGGAAAGACACUCAUUUCCAGUCAAUUUCUCAGUCAGGUGAUCGUUCCAUGACAGGCAAACAUGCAGGGAAAAUGACCCCAACCACACCAGUUUAUACCUCCCCUUCUCCCCCAAAGGGAUCAUCACCCCACUCCAUUCGCACAUCUCCUUACUCUACAUCUCCUGGCCAAGUGGUGCCAGCUUCCAGCUCACCACGGCGUACCUCCCCAUUGGGACAGAAGACAGGCUUCUCUCAAUACCAGCAUACCUCUUCGUCAACGAGUCCUGGUCAUAGUUCCUCCUACAGUGCUGGUAAUUACGCAGCAGGGAUACCGACCUUACCUGGGUACCAGCAACUGACACUUGCUGACCUCACAAGGAAGCAACGGCCAACCUCUCCAGGCUUUGCCUCACCAACUUUUCCCUUGGGGUCAGGUCACGUGUCCCCAGGUCGUCAAGGGUCCCCCGGUCAGAGCACAUCUCCAGGCGAUGCCAUCAUCACAGGACCAGCACCAGGCACAUUUUACCACACUCAAAGUGCAGGCAAUAUUGCCACAGCUGCUGCUUCUUCCUCCACAAACUCCCAACGUUUGCUGCACCAGCAGAUCACUCUAGAUUCAAUGCUGUAUGCCCACCAGGCUUUCCCAGAACCUCCUCGCAAACAGAAGCAGCACAGGAUACCUUGAAGACAGAAGAAUUAUCCCAUGGAAGUAAAUGUUAGGAAUGCAGCGUGCACAUGAAGAGGUGCAGUGCUAUGGGUUUCUUCUUUCACAAGAAUAGGAAACUGCAAUUUUCCUACAAGCUUUACAAUCACCCCAGUCUGUCCCAACUAGAACCAUGCUUUGGUGUAAUUAUUUUGUUAGAUUUGUAUGGGGCUAUUGAGUCCAUACAAAGUGUAAAAGCUAUUUUCAGUGAAGCUAAUCAAAACAAUCUAUGUGUCCAAUAGUUUCGCACGUGUUCACGGACUGAAAGGGAGCCAUUAACAUGUUUCACUGAAAUGUAAUAAGUGAAGAAUAUUUCAUUGAAAAUCUGCUACCAGAUAGGUACACUUGUCAUUUUAAAGUAGGAUGAGGUCAGGUGGCCUGGCCUCAAGUAAAAGUAUUUGAAUUUUUUACAUUUUUCUUCUUAAAUGCAAUCCUCUACAUACAAAUUCAUGUAAACCUCUUGCAACUAACUUCCAAGUAGCCAAUUAUACAUCUCUAUAUAUUUAGAAAAUAUGUGGAUUUUUUUAAAGAUCUUUACAGAUGCAUCCAUAUUUUUGAUGGGAUGUAAACAUGAAGACCUCUGUCUCCUUUUGCUUGUUCAUGUUGAAGAGCGCCCUCUUUGUGGAUAUUGAAAACGUUUUGGACAGAUCAUGGAGGAGGGACACAACCUCCAUUGACAGAUAGAAGCAAAUUUCAAUGGUAUAAAUUAAAAUUACUUAAAAUAAAAUUACUUUGGAAAAAGUGGCAGUACCAUUUGAAUUGGAAUGGAUAUGUAUCUUGAACUUACCAGUAAGUAACAGAGUGUACUUAAAUUUGUCUUGACUGUAGAUGAGAAAGAAAACUAGCUGCCGUUUUGUACUUUUGACAUGAAUUGUAUAGAAAAAACAAUGCUGCAGAAACCAGUGUCAAAAGUUGACAUUGUUCAAUCAGGAAUUUGCUAUACACCAACAAUUUUUGUCACUGUGAUUAAGAAGUACUUUACUUUUCAGUGUCUGUCUGAGCAAGUACAUAUAUAUUUAUGGCAUGUAUAUUUAUGUGCCAGUGUAUGGAGUUGGUAUCCCUUCUCUGUUACGGUUUGCACAUAUUUCUACCUAUGAAUACAUGUACUUUGCUCUUGAUUAUGUUCCAAGAGUGAUACAUUAAUGACUCUAUGCAGGAUGACCUUCCUAGGAGACCAAAGUUGCAUUCACGGACUUGCCCAUCCUGUGACUCUUUAUGUUGAGGGGUGCUUGUGUGCAGAGGUCAGUGACCUCAAGUGUCGUGCAUGCAGGAAUAGCACUAUGGGUCCUUUUCAGUGAAUAUUCCUUCCGGUAGUUCAGUAUGCCAUGUUCUUGAGUGUUUUUUCUCCAUUUACUUGCUUCUGGAUUCUGAAAUACCCUGUCAAGGUGUGUUUAAAUGUCCAAUGACUGUCUACUCAAAGAAGGGGAUAAAAUGGAUUUAUAUUCUUGUGAUGGUUGUUUGUGAGAGGUCAAAUAUCGUAGAAGGGUUUUUGGCUAGAAAACAAAAGGAUUACAGGAAUUUGACUGGGAAAAACAGAUGCUGAAAAGAAUUUGUUCCACAGAAAUUUGAUGUGAAAGGGUUUUAAAGGCAUGUGUCUACUGAAGCAAAGAAGUGAAAAUACUUUUUUCCAAAGUUGUUUGGGAAGGGAACUGGUGAAAGCAUUCAACUCCUAACAAAGCUUGAAACCCUGUCAAUAAUUUACGUCCAUGUAGUUUAAAAUAUUAAAGCAAUGUUUGGAGGGUAACAUUUUAUACAGUUUGACUUCAAUCUUGUGUUAGAGUGACAUGGGAGUUAGUCAAAUCUAGACCUUAAUGAAACAGUUUGGGGACUUGCUUUCUUGUUCGAAUUAUUUAAUUGUUUUUCUUUGUAAAUUAAAAAAAAAAGUUGCGUGGGGUUUUUGUACAUAGACUUUUGACAAGAUUUGUUUUGAGUGUGAGAGACCCACCAAUUCAAAACAGUUGUGGGAAUCUCCAGUUAAGGUUAUGCAGUGCAUUAUUAUCUAGGACAUUGGAAGGAUGUGAACAUAUUUACAGUUUGGGGUCAUUGUCCUUUGAUCGUGAAGUUCUGAUGUUUCUUAUGUGACCCACUACCCAUAAUGUGGCCACAGGGAAAAAGUAUGCACAUAGGAGCACCUUUUGCCGAAGUUAUGGCUUUUCAGCAUUACCAAAUUUGGAACUGUGAUUUACCCUUUCUUCUGUUAUUUUACUCACAAAACCUUCACAGGACAAUCAAUUUGAAAAUCAAAAAUGAAGGUUACUGGCACGAAUAUCUGGAACAAAAUGAAAAGUAGUUUUCCCAGCCUUAUUCUAAGGAUAGUGGGUCACAGUGACCGUGGAAAAACGUCCACGGGUAAGCUAUUUGAAACAGUUCUCUAUUAAUAAUUCCACUUCCAAAUUAAUGACAAAAGUUAAAAUGAAACGCCCAAGAUUUCAUUGGAAUUGUAGACUUUCGUCCGUAGAAACUGAAUUGUUAAUAAACUGUAUUCAUCUCAAGAAGAAA